CAAAAAAUAAUAAGAAUAUAGUUUUUGAUAGUAUUUUCACUAAAACUCAUAAUGAGUUAGAAGAUUUAAAUAAUGAAAUUAAUAAGCUACAGAAUAUUUAUUUAACAAAUGAAAAUUCAGAUAAAGGUUCUGAUAACAAAACUAAUGAAUAUGAAGCUUGUAAUAAAAUGCCAGUGUCUUUAACCAUAUAUAAUAAUGAUUUUUUUAUAACUGCUCAAAUUGAGCAUUUCUAUAAAAUAUAUACUCUUUAUUUAAUGCACACAGUAAUAGAAGAUAAAAAAGCUUGUGAAAAGUGA